CAGAAAGAAAGAAAAGAGAGAAAGAAUAGAGUGAGGAUAAACAUAAAUGACAGAGUGGGGGAGUGGUGAAGACGAGAUGAGAGAAAUGCAGGUAUAUAAAGCUGCUGUAUGACAGAGCAUCAGGGAGAACACGUGAACACAUUUCCAGACUGAGAACACCAGACGAGGACAGAGGACGAAAACAGGAAACUAGGGAAAAAGGAAGAAUCCUGAAAGACAUGCAAACAAACGAGAUGAAGGUUUUACAAGCUGUGUUUUGCGUGGUUAGCGUCCUUCAGCUCUGUCAUCAUGGAGUAUCCAGCAGUGGAGAAUGCUACUUCAACGCAAAAGCCAGCUGUGAGCACAACGGUCGUGUUUUUGACAUCGGGGAGGCCUGGGUAAAUGAUGAAUGUUUCCAGUGUGUGUGUUUCGAGCCUUUUGGAGUGGGCUGCUGUGAACAUGGAAAGCAGCCAGUCGAUUUCCCGCCCUGGUGCGAGGCCAUUAGAAAACCAGAUUCCUGCACAGUUGCUGUGGUGAUGAAGGCCAACCAUAAACUUCCCUGUCUGUUUGGGGGGAAAACACGCCUGUGGAAAUCAGAGAACGACCCACUCUUAGAUUGCACUACUGAAUUCACUCAUGCAAAACACAGUUUCAUUUAAAUCUACUUCACCAUGUUUCACAAUGUA